CAUUCUCAUUUUACAACUCUUGAAUAGUAUUGCGAUUAAUUCUAGUGUCAGGACUGUAAUUUUUUUCCUGUAGUGGGAUUUGUUUAAGUGGCGAUCCUUGUCCCAGUGACGUUCGGCUGAAGAUGAAUAAUUUCACUGGAUUUGCGGAGUCAUGAAGACGGCAUUUUUUGCUGGAGAAGACUCGGGGGUAUGACCAUGAACCAAGUUGAAGAAAACGCAAUUAGUGAACUGCGACUUCCUACAUUUUAUCGAAUCCUUAUUUUCUAAUUUUUCAUAAGUGUUGCUUGACAUAGUAGGACCCAAACAUCUAUGUUUAUUUUUUUGUUGGAUCAGUUCUCUUUAUCAAAUACUUAGAAGUUUUGAGAAACCUGGAGGCUUCGAAAAUUCAAUGAAGGGAAUGACUGUGUUCAAGACUGCAUACUCCCCGUAAUGUUCGGAAGAUUCUGACUGGGAUCAAAUAAACGCAGUAACUAAAGUGCAUAAUGGAACCAGAAACACAGGCUUCCACUGUGGACGUCUUAAGCCUCCUCAGAAAUGCAAUUGACAGAGUUACUAGUGAUGUUGCCCGCGAGUUGUAUACCGAUGAGAGAAUUGGCAGUGAGUGCGGAGUGGUUCCUCUCAGAGAAUACUGUCAUCGUGGCAGCAUCUGGCCUAAUUUUGAGAACUUUGACUCUUCCCUCCUGGACUCGAACCUCCUCACCUUAGAGUUUGACGCCGAUCUUGCAUUUGUGAUUAUUGAGGAAGUGUGCGUCGGAUUAUACAAUAAAUUAAGUGAGGGUUGCGUAGAAGGCCUGCACUUUCUUAAGUUUUUAUCAGGUGACAUCAAAGGUAAACAACCGUCAAAUAAUGAAGACCUGACAAAAUGCAUAGAAGAAUUUCAAAUCAAAAUAAAAGCUAUAUAUAAGGGGGUUAGUCAAGUUGUCGAUAAAGACCUCAACAAGAAUUUGUUAACCAUUGACCAGAUGGCAAAUAAUAUUUUAAACAGGUACAGAUAUAAUCGUAGUCAAUCUGAACCUACCUCUCCUAAACUGGAAAAGGAUGUGCCUGUCUACAUAAGACAAACAAGCUCUCCUCAUCAGGAAUCCAGAGGCAAGAAAUUGUGGAAAAGGAACUCAAAAUUAACCGUGAGCAUCAUUCAAGAAAAGCCAUCGAACCAAGUUUCUGAAGGAAAAGAGCGAGAAGAAAAGAAUCUUGACCUGCACAAACAGGAGAAAAAAACCAAAGGAGUAGCCAAGAUAGAUAAAGAGGCCAAAACAAACAAAAGUAGCAAUCUCACGCAGGGAAAGAAAUUCCCGGAGAGGGUAUUGCAAGGUUUUAAUGAACUUGAAGAAUAUUACCUUCGAAUUCGUAAUUUUAAUGCUUGCUCGUGGUACAAAUUCCCCUCAAAAGAUCCACACACAAGUCAUGCCCACAUACCCCUAGAAGAAAUAUUUACAAAUGUGCGCAUUCGUAAUGGCAGCCGUGAGGUAGAAAUGAGAGAAAUAUUUUCUCAGGCAAAUGAGGACGUCAAUAAAGACGCAUCACCGCAACUUGUUCUCAUCCAAGGCUUAGCAGGUUCCGGAAAGACAUCACUGUGUUAUCAUUUCGUUUUUGAGUGGCUGAGGAGCCGUAGUGAGGUCAAUGAUUUUUCCGAGUUUGACUUUGUGGUUCUCAUCGAGGCGUGCAGGGUGAGAUCGAGCCGCCUCCGGGAAUUCUUGAGAGAUGAACUGUUGUUCCACUCCACAUCGAACAUGGAAAGCGAAGAUAUCAUCCCAUGGCUGAAGACCCUCAAUAUAUUGUUCAUUUUUGAUGGUUACUAUGAGACUGAAAAUGUUUCUUAUGAUAUUAUUGAAGAUGUUCUGGCUAAGUUCAGUAACCAGCAGGUCAUCAUCACUACUCGGCCUGAGGUCCAUCAUGAUUUUGUUUGUAUGGCCAGGAGGCAUCUCACUGACUACUGCUCUCUUGAAUUAUGUGGUUUCGAUGUACCAAGAUUAGAGGAUUUCACUAACAAAGUAUUCAGGAUAAUUGACAGAGGCGGGACACCAUGUAAGACUCAGAGUGAGGCAUUCCUUUCCUAUAUCAAUGGUCGUGGGCGAGUUCUUGACAAACACUUGAAACUACCUCUUACUAUCUUACUCCUUAUUUUCUUAUGGAAGAACGAACCUGAUAUUUUCAAUAAAGACACAUCAGCAACUCAGCUGUACGAAGAACUGUAUAUACUUUAUUUCAAUAUACUUGAAGAGCGUACAAGUAAAUAUUUUCAAGGCAUAAGUCAGAUCUCCCAUAUAUUGGGAGAUCUUUUGCUCUUCAUUGGAAAAAUGGCUUGGGAUAUGGUCAAAUCUGGAACCACUGUAAUAUCAGACACCGUGAUGAAAUCCAUCAGAGAGGAGUGUGAGGGAAGAGGCAUCAGAGUGCGAGAACUGAUGUCAGCCUUGCACUUGUACCAAAUUGAUAACAACUCCUCCAUUUGCAAGCUACCUGUGGCUUUCCAGCACUCUACUCAGAUGUACUACCUUGCUGCUACAUUCUUAGUUGAUCGCCUUCAGAGACGCAUCUUAGAACUGCAGAACAUCGAAGCCUGUCCAGACGUUGAACACGUCCUCAUGUUUGUCAUGGGGCACUUGGCUUCUCAAAAUGCUUUGACAAAUGCUCUCGUGACGGAAGUUUUUCAAAUAGUUGAUAAACUAAGUAUUGACUCAACAAAAUAUGAUUUUUGGUGGAGUUUUCUCUCCGAAAGCAAGUUCCACUCACAGGUUGCUCAUCGCAUUGCCAAAGAAAAGCUUCCUCUUAAGCUCUGGCAUUUGAAUGAGGCGAAUGUAGUUCGAGGUCUGAAGUUGUUAGCUAUGACUCCUUUCAAGCUAUGGAGUCUCAUCGUAGAUAUUCCAGAUAAUAAAGAACCAUUUGACAUUCCCGAAUUCCUGGAAUCUUUCAUAGAAGCUGGGAAGCAAAUCAAUAAACGCCAGAAGAGGAUUGUCAAAAUUGAUCUUCACCUCCGGCAUCACGAGAAAAGUAGUAACAAAUAUUCUGACGACUUCUUAAGAGCUCUUCACCCGUGGGCUGACCUUCUGGGUUUCACAGGCCAUCUUGGACAUCAGCAGCCUGGCGAGGAAGUUUUUGCUUCGUAUUUCAACUUGAGCACCAUCCACGUAAAGGUGUCAACGAUGGACAGCUUCAGCUCCCUCGCUGCAAGCCUGAAAAAGAUCCACAAAGCUGUAAAGACGUUGCAUGUAACGAUAGCGCUGCCCAAAUCAAGUCCUCCCGAAUUAAUGACAGCCCUAAAAACGUCAGGCAAUUUGGAAAUCUCUGUAGGAGAGAUGGAAGAUCAGCACAGAGAAUGGCUGGUAGAAGUAAUCAACAGAGUUUGUGGAAGGAAUGGUUGUUGGAGGCUAAAUCUGCUGCGAUCUCGCCUGACAUACGAUACGGUCGAAUGGUUGGUGACCCAGCUGAAGGGCAGAGUGCACGACAAAUUGAACGUAGAAACGAAGGAAUGAAGUCAGUUCAGCGUCUGAAGCGAAAGCAGUCUGUAUCGUGGUUUAUUGUGGUAGAUUAUUUACAGCUCUUCUGUUGUGCAGGAUUACCGCCCUUUGUUUCAUGAAUUUGAUUUGACCGAUGGUGUUCCUCACCCAGCUCUCUUGAAAGACAGUUUUGAUUAAUGUAUUACCUACUACAUGAAGUUAACGUAUUACAUGAAGUAUUUUUUCCCCUUGCCGGGGAUACAGGAACUAACCGAAAUGUUUAAGCAGAUACUGCACUGACAGUAUAAUUGUACCAUAACACCAGUAAAGAAUAAUUUCAUUGU